ACCUAUACAAACUGUACUGUAUCUAGUCUUAUUUUAACAAGUUGAUAUGGAUGCAGUUGUAGGAAGCCUAUGGUAUUUACUAUGAACCCUUUAUUAAAGCGAAUAUAUUGUUUACUUCGCAAUGCAAACAAUACUGUAUUAAUAAUGGGGCGAGUUUUGUCAUGAUGUUUUAACUAUUUGACGACAACGAUUACUCGUAUUCACUUUUUUCCAAUAUCGGCAUCGACAGAAAUUCAAAAAAAGGCUAUGAAACCAGUAUGUGAAAAAAAUUAUUCUUAGAGACAAAAAAUAACUGGAUAUAAUGUCAUCUUCCUGACAUUGGAAAAAGCGUCACCUUUAAAAUAUUGACAUGUCUGAGGGUCCAAAUACAUUUACAAAAUACUUUAAAUCUGUGAUGAGGUCUGUAAAUCUAAGUACAAGUGACAAAGAUAUCAACGAUAUAAAAAAAUUAACUAAGAACCUAAUUGGGAAAAUUUGGGAAAAAGCUUUGAAUGAGAAUAAGAAGUUUGAACUUUCUGAAGUUAUACCAGUAGGCAGUAUGGAGGAAGGUAGUCGAUUAUUCUCAGCUCAUGAAUUCGAUUUUAUGAUGAUUCUCCAAAUGAAAGAUUUUCCCGUUGACAAAAUAGUUUUGAAGGAGGGAUGCAGACCAGGAUUUGUAAGACUCCUUCUGGAGGACCCCACUGCAAGAUUGAAUGAUUGUUUUAAAAACAACCAGCUGCAUUUUUGGGAAUUUAGAAAACAUUUACUAUCACAAUUACAAAAAGUAGGUGACCUUUCAGAAAAAUCUGGGAAUUUAAAGCAAAUCAAACGGAAUUUGGCUGAUAUGGGACUGAGACCAAAUGUUCAACACGCUGUCCUUCAAAUAUUAGGCGAACAUGAAAUUGAAGCUUGGAACGUUUUAUUUAAAUGGCACGACACAGAAAUCAGCGUAGAUACUAUGCCAGCUAUAGAAAUUACAAGAGAGCAAAUUGAACAUUUUGAGAGAGUCCACGGAAGUUUAUUAUUUCAUGAUGAGAAACAUAAGGAUCGCGCGUUUGCGAUUAAUCGAAAAUGCUACUUGGUGCCAAAAGGCUGCCAAAAAGAUGACGAUGAAGAGGGUUGUGGAUGUUGGCUGAUAGAUUUUGCCCCUGCUGAAGUUGCGAUCUUAAAGACAAUGAAUAAUAUCCACAGAAACUGCCAGAAAUUCCUCAAGUAUAUUUUAAGCAAUUAUCAUGAUUUACCAUCGUAUCUUGUUAAGUCGGCAGUUGUAAAAAAUUUUGCAAAAUGUACUGGAUCCAGCUCGGAACAAAUCUGUACGUUGGACAUUCUGCAUUACAUUUCAAAACGCUUAGACGAUGCUUACCUACCUGACCCUUUCCUGAGAAACCUGAAUGUUUUUGGUUGGAAAGAGGCCGAUCAAAUGAGGCCAUUAUCACCAAUAGAGACAGCAAUCAUUUUUGAGCAUCAUAGUAGAUAUGUAGAUUUGCUUCUACAUAUAAUUCGCAAGAUGACACAAGAAAACAUCACAAUCCGCAUGAAUUCAGCACCGAAUCCUUCCCUUGUCGACCUCGGCGAAUUGAUGGCGAUCGAAAAGAUAAUGCCGUUGAGUCCAAAACUGCCUCUUUUGAACGACUUUAUCGACCAGAUCAAACCGGCAUUGGAAAAAUUCAUCGCACAAAAGAAAUGGUCAUCAAUCGCAGAACUAAGAACCACAACUAAACCAUAUCUAAAAGAGCUGAAAUGGGAUCCUAUUGAAGAUUUUAAAAAACAGCAAUUAGAAUGUGCGAAAUACGAGACAGGUUUAAAAUUACUGUUCCAGUAGGUCUGAUGCUUUUCGUUGAUUUUAUCAGUAAUUUGUCUAUUUAUUGUUUGUUUAGCUACUCAUAAUAUAUUUGUGUUAUCUAUA